AUGCGCCUCUCAGCCUAUCUUCGUUAUGUCUCUGCUUGCAGUCUUGUGACCAAUGCAGUGGCAACCCCACCUAAGCGCGCGAUUGAUUGGGCCAGUCUCCGGUGUCCUCAAGACUCAACCUCCACCUUGCCCACGCCGACAUACGGAGAUACGGACGCAGUUUUCACAAUAUGCACAGAGGAACUCAUCAAUGCGCCCCCCGAGGUCAUAUACAACACCUUGAUCGACUACAACUCUUAUCACCUCUGGAACAGUUUCGUAGUCGACGUGGAGGUGCCACCCGGAGUGAAUACGCCCGAGGAUGUCUAUGUCAACAUGCCGAUGACUCUCUUUACCUCGGGGGUCAUUCCGUUCAUCAACACUACCAGUGAAGAGGUUGUGACAGGGCUUGAAAAGAACAUGCCUACCUGGCGGAGCAAUGUCACCAUGUUGGGCGUUCUGAUAGUCGCGGAGCAUCCCAACAUCCUGGUGGACCAAGGGGGUGGAAUCACGAGAUACGUGUCGUACGAGACAUACUACAAGGAGCCACUUAUCCUUUCGCUCUUGGCUAUCAAGCCGACGCUGCAGAAAUUGUUCGAGCAACAAGGAAAAGACCUCCGCGCGUACGUUGAGUCGUUGGUUUGA